AACCUGAGCGCUGCUCCAGCAGCAGCAGAGUCACUGUGGAGUUAAAAGGAAUCAAACCUCGUGUCUCCUCCAGCAGCAGCCUGACUGCAGACACCUCGGUGUGAAGAGGAGCCAACAUUUGAUCUGAGAACAGCCGCUGAAGAGUGAAGCUGCGCGGUCACCUCUGCUGGGCUGACUGCUCCUCACGUCCCGGAAACUCAGAGAGGACCGAGAGGAAGAAAAGCAGCAUGUUUUCCUUCUUGUUCCUCCUCCUCCUUGUCUCACAUGUGCUGCUGUCCUCGACACAUGUAGCAGUGAUCUCCCCUCAGGAUCCCGUCCUUCAUAUCGGCUCCAGCCUAACAGCCACGUGCACACUGAGCCCUGAGCUCGGCCUCCACGCCAACACGUUGUACUGGACACUGAACGGGAUGAGUCUGUCCAGCAGCACCUACAGUGUGUUGAGCCCCGACACCCUCAGCGUCACCCUCCACAACCUCAACGGCUCCCAGCAGCAGUCUGGUGACAACCUCGUGUGUCAUGGAGCAGAUGGACACGUCCUGGCUGGUUCAUGUCUCUAUGUGGGCAGGCCUCCAGAAAAGCCAGUCAAUUUAACGUGUUGGUCCCGCAACACGAAGGACUUGAGCUGCAAGUGGAGCCCGGGGGGGCGGGGCGAGACCCACGUCCAAACCAAAUACACCCUCAAGUACAAAUUGAGGUGGUAUGGGAGAGAGAAGGAGUGUGAAAUUUACAGCACAGGGAAGCAGCGCUACUCCUGCUACAUCCCCCGCAACCUCGCCCUCUUCACGCCAUACGAGAUCUGGGUGGAAGCAGCCAAUCAGCUGGGCUCUGCCAUCUCUGACAUCACCACCCUGGACAUCCUCGAUGUAGUGACCACUGACCCUCCUGCCAACGUGCAGGUGAGUCGCGUCGGCGACCUCGAGGACCAGCUGACGGUCCGCUGGGCCAGCCCCCCCGAGCUCAAGGACAUCCUGUUUCAGGCCAAAUAUCAGAUACGCUACAGACUGGAGGACAGCACAGAAUGGAAGGUGGUGGAUGAUGUUGGUAACCAGACGUCAUGUCGCCUUGCUGGCCUCCGGCCUGGGACUGUCUAUUUUGUGCAGGUGAGAUGUAAUCCAGUGGGCAUCUAUGGCUCCAGGAAGCCUGGCAUCUGGAGUGACUGGAGCCACCCGGCUGCCGCCUCCACACCCAGCAGUGAGCGGCUGCAGACUGGUUCCUGCGAUCCUAAGCCCGGUGAGCAGAACUCCACCCUGCGGCGGGAACUCAAGCAGUUCUUUGGCUGGGUGCGCAAGCAUGCAUCUGGCUGCAGCGGCAUGUCAAUCAAACUGUACGAUCAGUGGAGGGUGUGGCUGCAGAAAUCGCACAAAACGCGCAACCAGGUAGAUUCUACAAGACGAUAAUUCAUAGCAGCGCCGCUCAGCACCACUGUGGUGUUUAAUUCAAGAACAGCAUCAAGAAACACUGACAGAUAACUGGCCCCGAGGGACCCAGCUGUGUGAGAGGUCCAACGCCCCGCCUGAGGGAUACUGCAGUGUUUGGUCAUAAAGCCUUAACUUGAGUUUAAAGGGCCCGAGUGGAAGAUAACUGAAGUGAGACAAUGCAGCCUUUUUCUGCUGUUUCCGCUGGCCAAAUCUGUCCCUUAGAUCUGUUUGCACAAACACAAAUGUUAAGGCCCUCAGUAACUGCACUUUUACUCUAAAAUAAAAGUCAUUCUCACAGUUAAGACUUUUUAAUAAUUUAAUGUAAGAUAAGCAAGUCAUUAACGGUACUUUGAUGUCAAACUAUACAAACUAUGCCAAACAGAAUUGCAGUGGCAGUAAAAUGAGGGACGUGGGACCAAAAUGUACAAAACAAUCCUCACUCUACUGUUAUAGCUCUAGACGUUUAACAAAGUAUUUUUGUGAGGGUGGUUUUCUCCAGGCAAAUAUAAAUGUGAGAUUCACAUUGUUAUGGCCUUUAGGGUAGUUUCUCUCUACAUUUAU